AUGUGCCUCAUUGAAACACUCAUUCUUCAGGAUGCUAAUUCUGCUUCUGCUUCUGCUUCUGCUUCUGGUGGUGGUGGUGGUGAUGCGUCCGGUGGCGGCUGCGGCGAUCAAAGCGUGUCCGAGGCGUUGCUCGCGUUGUUUGCGGACCGUGCGCUUGCAGCCAUCGUUGGGGACGCCGUGUCUCCGCUUUGCGGAGGCGGCAACAGCAGCAGCAGUGUUACAGCUGUAGUCUCUGGCGACAAGAGGGCACCGAUAUUCAGCGCACAGCACGACCGUCACACACGCCAGAGUCAAGGGAGACAGCGACCGCCACCGCAACAACAGCGGCAGCAACGGCAGUGGCGCUCUCGCAGGGAAUUUUCGUCGGCACCCGAUUCAACUUCUGGUGCUACUGCUGGCAAUGAUGUUGCGGUUGCCACCUCUACUGCAUGCCUGGCAGCGCGUUGCCUGCGCUUGCUCAUACAACACGCACCGUUUUAUCGCAAUGGGGCCUUUUAUUUGAUGCAGCACCUCCCCUCUGUGUCGCGUGUGCUGGAGGUGAGCGUGCGGCUGGCGGAGCAGCACGAGGCCCGCCGCGGCGACGGCGUACCGAACAGCCACAACAACAGCACUAGUAACGGCAGCAGCGACGGGGCCGCGCUGAUGCUCGCGGUGGAACUGGCGAUUCUGCUGGGCCUCUGUCUCUCGCAGGACCCGCGGGCGCGGCAGCUGCUCGCCUCUGAGUUCUCUCACCACAAUGAGGAUGCGCAGCAGGUGCGUCGCGCACUCAUAUCGAAUCUAAACCUUGUUUCUCUGUCGUACCUCGGGUCCAGCAGCAACAGCAGCAGCACCGACGCCUCAGAAGUGUUCCGCAUUGUGGACGCGACAGGUGCGCUGAUGAACGGACUCCACGCGGUGACGUGGGACACACCCGACCACCCCUCACGCCCGUCGGUGCACACUCUCUUUGCGGCGCAGGAGCAGCGGUGGAACACGGGUGAGCAACCGCCCUCCACCGCGGGUGAGCACAGCAGUGGCGGUAGCAGUAACAACGAGAGCGACAAGAACAAUAACGACCCUGGCAAGAGUGGGCGGAAGGAGCGGAGUGGUAGUGGGAUCUUGGGUGAGGAGAUGUACGCGUCGCUGGCAGUCUCGGAGCAGCAGCGCCAUCAGCGCCUCACAUUCAUUGUACUUAGCUACGCGAUCCACCAUACGUUUAGGGCUGCCUUUACGGAUGCCGCCGCAGCACUCAACUUCUCCGAACCGCUGCGUGGUGCCGUAGGAGAGGACGUAAGUUACACUGGUACCGCAAAAACAGCAGCAGCGGCAGUCGGCGUGGAGAGGGGGGAACAGCAGCAAAACAGCACGGCAGCAUCAGGCCACGCGGCUGCUGAUGCCGCCAGUAGUGGCGUGAAUGCGCCCAAGAAGAUGCGCUACUACGAUGCCUACAUGUUGGACGCCAGCAAGACAGCCAAUGCGCAAGAACAGAAGCAGCGGCAAGCUGAGGCAUCGGUGCUGUCGCCCGCUCCGCGCAAUCCGCGAGAGAGGAGGCUGACGUCGCCUUCGCGGGCGUUGGCCGCAUGGUCAGAUGACGGCAGCAGUGUCGUGGAUCAGGCCGACGACACCGCCGCCGUGUCGACGGAGGAGGCGCGCGUCUUUCUGAAGUUUCACCGUGCGCUGCAGCUCUUCACCGACCUGGCGGCAUUCUACUCUGCGCAGCCGACGUCGGCGCUCGCACGUACGGUGGUGUACGAGGCGACGACGGAGAAGGGGAUGGUGCGGCGGCAGGGACGCCGCCAGGCGCAGCGGACUGUGGCGAGACUCCUGCAGGAAGGUGCCGCUGCUUCAUCGCAUUCCCAGCCACAACAGCAUCAGCCGCAUGAGCGGAAGCACGAGCAGAUUCGGCGGCCCAAUUUGGGUCUCAUUGGGGUAAAUCUACGUUCGUGGUCGCUGGACGAGCUUCAGGAGGGCGAUCUCUUUUACUUCUGCAUCCCCUACACGCAGCUGACGACCGCGGCGCUGGAGCACACGCGACGCCGUGCGCUGGAGCAUGGCCGUCGCGUACGGAAGCUCUUCGCCAUCACGCCGCAGUCAGCAAAGGCGCGACGUUGGCUGCUGCAUGAUGUUGUGGUGAACAUCAUGCCAGGCGCAGUUCACGCACUAUCGCAGUUCAUCCAGUGGUUCCACAUCUAUGGUGAAGAGAACGUGAAGCUGCCGCUGCUCAUAUACUUCCACAAGGACGAAAAGGAGCGGCAGGCUGCGGUGGAACGACAACGGAGCGGUGACGGGGUGCAGAUCUCAUCCUCGUCAGGAGCACCCGAUGCCCAGAAAGAACAAGGACAAGAAUGCGAAGGAAGUGAUGGAACUGCCUCGCUGCCGUGCCCGGACGAAGUGUCGCUUCAUGCGGGGAACCUUAUCCCGCUGCUGCAGCAGGUGAGCUUUUACUUUGAGCGACAUCACCACCUGCCAGAUCAGCAGCAGGAGCAGGAGCAGGAGCAGGAAGGUGAUAUGCAGAAGAACGAGGUACAAGUACAUUGGCCAUCCCCCGCCUCUCUUAGCCGCAGCGGGGUUGGAGAAAGCCUGAAGCACUCGUCGCCACGUGCCGGUGGAGCAGGAGCCCUCUCCGCAUCGCCGCAGCGGAAGUCGGUGCUUCUGCGAGAUAUUGAUCGGCAGAUUCAACGGCUGCAGGCAGCGGAAUUCCGCGGGGAUGAGGAUAGCGCCAAACUCGCAUCAAGGCUGCUUCUCCCUGAGGUGACUCAGAGUCCGUUCGUCACGCUUAGCCCACCACCUGCUGGCUACAAUGGUGCGGACAGCGACGUUGGGGUUGCAAGCGACGGUGAUGAGGAUGAGUUUGACGAAUUGAGGGGACUGUAA